UCUGCUUUCAGCAGUACAAUAUCUUGGACUACAUUUCCCCUGUGGACUAUAUCGGGUUUUGGCGGGGUAAUUGUUGGCUGUAAAUGGGAAUAUAGCGUGAUUUGUGUAUCAGACGAAUGUGGGAAGGAACAAUGAGACGGCAAGUGCUGUUGUUUAUGUGGAUCCUCUCUCUCGGCCCGGUGCGCGGACAGAUCAGUUACUCCAUACCUGAGGAAAUGGCCAAAGGCUCUCUCGUUGGUAACGUAGCGCAGGAUUUGGGUUUGGAUGUGAAGAGGCUGAGAUCGGGUAGAGCUCGUAUCUAUACAGGAGACAGUGUAGAAUACGUCGAGCUGAACAGAGACAGAGGAGUCCUCCUUAUCAAAGAGAGAAUAGACAGGGAGGCGCUCUGUCGACGGACGACGCCUUGCGCUUUGCAUUUCCAGAUCAUUUUAGAAAACCCGAUGGAGUUUUACAGCAUCACGGUUGAAAUAACAGACAUCAAUGAUAACACUCCCAGUUUUGAAAAGUCCGACAUGAAAUUUAAGAUCAGCGAAUCUGCAGUGACGGGGGCGAAAUUCUUAUUAGAGAGGGCUGUGGAUCCAGAUAUUGGUAUUAAUGGUCUACAGAGCUAUGUGCUGACAAGAAACGAUCAUUUUGGAUUAAAUCUGAAAGAUCAGCCUGACGGGGGGAAAAUCGUUGAAAUGGUUUUACAGAAGCCUCUGGACAGAGAGAAACAGGAGGACAUCUCUCUACUGUUAACUGCGAUGGAUGGGGGGGAGCCCCGUCUCUCUGGUACAGCACAGAUUUAUAUAACAGUCCUUGAUGUCAACGACAAUGCGCCUGUUUUUACCAAACCAGUCUACAAAGCAUCAAUAUCCGAGAAUGCUCCGAAAGGCACAAUUAUCUCCACAGUAAGUGCCUCUGAUGCUGAUAAAGGAUCAAAUUCAAAAAUAACAUAUUCAAUAUCAAACACAGCUGCAGAUGUACGAGACUUGUUUGAAAUAGAUGAAUUAAAUGGCAAUUUGAUGUUAAAAACACGCUUGGAUUAUGAAAAUGAACGUAAAUAUGAGAUACAUAUUCAGGCCAGUGAUGAAGGAGGGCUGACAGAUUCAUGUAAAAUUUCGGUAGAGGUUUUAGAUAUUAACGAUAAUAAGCCAGUUAUCAAUAUGAUGUCAAAGACAAACGUAAUUUCCGAAGAUUCCAAUCUUGGGACCGUGGUCACGAUGGUAAACGUUCAGGAUUUAGAUUCUGGUGAAAAUGGUAAUGUGCAAUGCACCAUUACGGAACACUUACCUUUCACAUUGAAAUCAACAUCCAGUAAUUUCUAUAGCCUGGUGACAGACAGUGAUCUGGACCGAGAGAGAGCCUCAGAGUAUAAUAUCAGUAUCACGUGUUGUGAUGAGGGAGUGCCCUCUCUCUCCAGCAGCGUCACUCUCACCUUACACAUCUCAGAUGUGAAUGACAACGCGCCUGUCUUUGAGAGGAGCUCAUAUGAGGCCUACAUUGUAGAAAACAACACACCGGGUCUCUCCAUAUUCACAGUGAAAGCCACAGACGCUGACUGGAACCAGAAUGCCCGUGUGUCUUAUAUACUGGAGGACUCCUCGGUUAACGGAGUGCCCGUCUCCUCCUAUGUGUCCGUCAGUGCUGAUAGUGGAGUCAUCCAUGCAGUUCGCUCUUUUGACUACGAGCACAUCAAGGAUUUCCACUUGUGUGUUAAAGCGCAGGAUGGAGGCUCUCCUCCACUCAGUAGUAACGUGACUGUGAAAAUAAUGAUCCAGGACCAGAAUGACAACGCCCCUCAGGUGCUGUACCCAGUCCAGACCAGCAGCUCUGUGGUGGCUGAAAUGGUGCCUCGCUCAGCAGAUGUGGGCUAUCUGGUGACUAAAGUGGUGGCUGUUGAUGUGGACUCUGGACAGAAUGCCUGGCUCUCCUAUAAGCUGCAGAAAGCCACAGACAGGGCGCUGUUUGAAGUGGGCUUACAGAAUGGGGAAAUAAGGACUAUCCGCCAAGUCACUGAUAAAGAUGCUGUGAAACAAAGGCUGACUGUUGUAGUGGAGGACAACGGGCAGCCCUCUCGUUCAGCUACAGUCAAUGUUAACGUGGCGGUGGCGGACAGCUUCCCUGAAGUGCUCUCGGAGUUCACUGACUUUACACACGACAAGGAGUACAAUGACAACCUGACUUUUUACUUAGUCUUGGCUUUGGCUGUAGUGUCCUUUCUCUUCAUCACCUGCUUAGUGGUCAUCAUAUCAGUGAAGAUAUACAGAUGGAGACAGUCUCGCGUCCUCUAUCAUUCCAGUCUGCCGGUGAUUCCCUAUUAUCCACCACGUUACUCAGACACUUUGGGGACAGGGACUCUCCAACACGUGUACAAUUACGAGGUGUGCAGGACGACUGACUCCAGAAAGAGUGACUGUAAGUUCGGCAGAGCCGGUAGUCAGAACGUGCUGAUAAUGGAGCCCAGUUGUACAGGGACGAUGCAGCGGAUCCAGAAUGAAAAGAACAUCCUGGAUGAACCAGACUCUCCUGUAGAGGUUAGUUAG